GUAAUCAAAUUUGUCAUGGAAGAGAUUCUGACAAAACCUGAAAUCAGAAGAGUUACAAGAGAUCUUCCACCAGCUCACUAUCUAUUCAACAUAGAGUCAUUCUCUUUAUUGGUUAAGACAGGGGUGGAUUAUUAUGAAUCUGAUGCAUUUGAAGUUGGGGGUCACAAAUGGAGGUUGGUACUCUACCCAGACGGGAACAAGAAAAGCAAUGGAAGUGGCUUCAUCUCCCUUUACUUGCAAAUUGAAGAGACAGAUCACUUACCUCGUACAUGGGAAGUCAAUGUCAACUUUAGGUUCUUUGUGCUCGACCAGAUUCGUGACAAAUACUUAACCGUUGAAGAAGGUGAUGGGGCUAUUAAGCGAUUUUACCAGAUGAAAACCGAAUGGGGCAUUGCCCAAUUCCUCUCUCUUGCCCAUUUCAGUGAUGCUUCGAAGGGAUACCUUGUUGAUGAUUCUUGCACGUUUGGGGUAGAGAUUUUUGUGAUUAAACAUACAGGAAAAUUGGAGUGUCUUUCCAUGAUACAGCAGCCUGCCAACAAUACAAUAACUUUCAAGCUUGACAACUAUUCAAAAUCAUACUCUGACUAUUAUAUUUCUGAUGUUCAAACUAUUGGAGACUCAAAAUGGAAAUUAAUAGUCUAUCCUAGAGGAAAGGGACUAUGGAAGGGUUAUUCACUUUCUCUUUUCUUGGAGUUGGUUGAGGCUUACCAGCUUCCACCCAAACGAAAAGUGUACGCAGAAUACAAACUAAGAGUCAAAGACCGAUACAACUCCAGCAACACCAAGGAAUUUACAGCUACAUAUUGGUUUACUGCUUCAUCAUAUCAAAGGGGUAAUCUAUACUUCUUGUCACUGUGGGAACUCCAGGAUACAUCCAAAGGCUACAUUGUGAAUGAUUCUUUGGUAGUUGAAGCAGUAAUCACCAUGGUUUCUAAAGUCAAGCUUUUCUUAUAGAACUAUCUAUAAGAAGUUAUAAUACAGCUUCAAACUUGAAUAAGUUCAAGUUAUUAGUACCCAGACCAUCUCCAUGUAUCUGCAAUGCUAUGAUGUAACUGCAAUGCUGAUUUGAGUUUGCAGCUGGUAUGCUCAUGGCAGCAAACUCGAAUAGGCAUUAUGAUGAAAUAUUACCCUUAUAAAACUAUCUUCCAUCAUGAUGAGACUCGUCUUAUAUUCAAUCAAUUUA